AAUACUAUCCUUUAAAUUUCAAGCUUCCCAAAACCUCAACUCUCCUCCUCCAUAUCCAUGGCCUCCAUAGCCACCUGCUUCACUCUCCCUCCAAAACCUCACCCUCGUCUCAUCUCCAAACCCUCCCUCUUCCCCAUCCGCCCCUCCACUUCUCCUCCUCUCCCUCCCUUCUCCACCCGCCUCCGCCACUCCCGUCCUUCCCUGACGCUCGCCAGAGCCGGCCUCGACGCCCUCACCGGAAUCAAACCCGGCGCCGCCGUCGAGAGCGACAAGCUCCCCUCCGAUGUCCGGAAGCGCACCAUGGACGCCGUCGACGCCUGCGGCGGGAGAGUCACGGUCGGUGACGUGUCCAGCCGAGCUGGGCUGAAGCUUAACCAGGCUCAGAACGCCUUGCAGGCUCUCGCUGCUGACACUGAGGGCUUCUUGGAGGUUUCGGAUGAAGGCGAUGUGCUUUAUGUUUUCCCCAAGGAUUAUAGGGCCAAGCUUCUUGGAAAGUCGUUUCGUAUGAGAAUUGAGCCUGUUUUGGACAAGGCAAAGGCCGGGACAGAGUAUGUAGCGAGGGUGUCGUUUGGAACUGCCCUCAUUGCCUCUAUUGUUCUUGUUUAUACUGCGAUUAUUGUUGCUCUCUCGUCUAGUAGGAGUGAGGAUGACAACCGUGGACGACGUGGGAGAUCAUAUGACUCGGGGUUCACUUUUUACAUGAGUCCUGUUGACCUCUUUUGGUUCUGGGAUCCAUAUUACUAUCGGAGGCGGCGAGUGCAAUCCGAGGAUAGCAAGCUGAAAUUCAUUGAAUCUAUCUUCUCAUUUGUAUUUGGAGAUGGCGAUCCAAAUCAAGGAAUUGAAGAAGAGAGAUGGAAGUUGAUCGGGAAAUACAUAACCUCCAAAGGUGGUGUUGUUGCUGCUGAAGAGCUUGCUCCGUAUCUUGAUUUAAAAGGGGGAACCAUGGAUGAUGAGACGUACAUCUUACCUGUUCUUUUACGGUAUGAGGGUGAACCUGUAAUAGAUGAAGAGGGAAACAUUCUCUACCAAUUUCCCUCUCUACAGCGUACAGCAUCUUCACAAAGAAGUGGAAGGAAAGAAUAUGUAGGGAGAAGAUGGGCUGAUUUUGUUGUUGGAGUUGAUAAAUUUUUUAGUGAGAAGAAAUGGCAAUUCAGUAGUACUAGCAUUUCUGAGAGAGCACUAGUUGCGGGACUUGGUGGACUUAAUUUAUUUGGGGUUAUCAUUCUUGGAGCCAUCUUAAAGGAUAGCACAGUUGCACCAGUUGGUUUUAUUAAGUUCAUUACGAGCAUAUUUCCACUACUUCAGAUCUAUGCUGGUUCAUUCUUUGCAAUUCCUUUGGUCCGAUGGUUCAUUGUGAGUAAGACAAAUGCUGACAUAGAGAAAAGAAAUCGAGCAAGAUUGAAAUCUGCUCGAGCCCUUGAAUCGCCAGAUAUCUCACUAAGGCGAAAGCUGCUCAGUGCUCGGGACAUGGCCCAACAAACUGUCAUAGGACAGGAUAAAAUUGUCUAUAGUACUGACAAGGAUCUGAUUGAGCAAGACUAUGAGGCCCAAGAUUGGGAUAGAAGAUUUCGAGAGAUAGAGAAGUCAGAUUGAGAACAGGCUGAUGUUUCUUGAGACUACAGCUACAAGUUCCUUUGAGGACAUGAGGCUUCACAAUUAUUGUUGUAAAACCGUCGCACUGGGAGUUGUAUUGGGCAAGCUGUUGAUGCAACCUUGGAACCUGCAGGUUGUUUACGUGCUAAAAUUUGUGGGGGUACAGCCAGGAGUCGCACCUUGUAAUAUAGAUUUUACGUGGACAACAUAACCAUUUACAGAUGUGAACUUGAGCAUCAGAGGGCUCAUAUAUAUCUCUUGGGAGUCCCUGACUGCAAAUAGUUUAACAUAUUGGGAGCAAAAAGGCUUUUAGUGCCACUGAAAUUACUGGGAGGGCCAAAGCUAAGAAAGUGAUGAUCCUAGCAUACAUGUACUUCGAUUUAGGGAACCAGUAGAACAUUGAUAAUUAGAAACAACUGCAUCAUUGUGUAAUGUAACUAGAUGGUUUUGGAGAUCGUUUUCAAAUUAUAUGCAAUGACAAUUGGGGU